CGCCCAUUACGACGGCGGCGGUGUGGGCAUCCGAAGGGACACCCAGCGCACACACACAUCACGGGACGCGUACCAGAGGGGGCCGUACUCGUAAAAUAGAACCGCACGAAAAUCAAACGGUGGUCCGUCCGAGCGGAAAGUUCGUCGCAUUUCACCAUCGCGGCGUUACUAUCGCCGGUUCGACCUUGAGUGUCCUUGUAGACCAAGUGCGGUGUCGGGCAAGCUACCAAACGUACCCCCAGUGGCCGUCUUGGCGCAGAAUUUCCCAUUUCCCGAGAUUUGGCAAGUACGAUCGAACCUGAAGUUCAACAAUGAAUGAUGAAGAGCGCAGAUUUCUGGGGACCUCAUUGUCAACCUCUUGCAGGGGCAGCGCAGAUGCCUUCGCUAGAAGUUUACAAAAAAGGUUCGGCUCACUGAACAUCGCUAAUCAUGACGAAAAUCCUUCGUCGUGGUACCAGAACGGACAUAGCCGACAAGUCGACCAAUUUGUCUCUUCACCACUCAGCCCAGAGACCGAAAUCGACAAUCCCUUGUCCAACGGAGCAAUCGCAAACCAUUUCAUCAACCCGGAACUCUUCCUGAACACUAAACCCAUCGAAUUCUCCAGUUGUGCCUUCGUCAGUGAUAACCGUGGUAGUGAUUUCUCCGUUGGAGCUACAGGUUGUGCGUCGAGUCCAUCCGAUAAUUUUAUUGACAGUAGUUCGGUCGACGAUAACUACGAAACAGCUUCGGAUCUGUCUGCUGACGAAAAUGACGAGGCUAUUGACGAUUCCGAAAUCGUAUCAUCUGAGAUUGAAUCCUCAGCAUCACCAUCAGCAGUCGCCUCAGAUUUUAGGAGAAGUGAUGAAGAAGAAGAAGCCCCAGAAGUGAGUAUCGAGGUCUGUGAUACGGAUGGGGGUCGAAACGACCACUCCCCCUCUCUUUCACAGGACGACACUAUCGCUUCUCCGAAAAUCAGAAGAUGUUCUUCGUUGAAGUCGGGAAAGACGCCUCCAGGAACCCCUGGUGGCAAGAAAAUCGUCAGAUUCGCCGAUGCCUUAGGACUAGAUUUGGCAGACGUCAAGACUUACGUUGAUGAGAUUCCAAAAAUUCCUACAUCGGCUUACAACGACUUGAACAAUCUGGAAGAUGACACCGAGGAUUCUAUGUUGAUGAGACCAUGUCGGAAUGGCCAGUCCAAGAUGGCGUUGGUACCACUCUUUACGCAACCGGGAGAGAGGUUUGACUUUAUGGAGAAGAUCAGAAGGUGCAACGUUUGCUUGGAGAGCGCUUUGGUGGACGAUCCGGUCUGUUGCUCUAUCAGAGGAGUGGUGAGGGUGAGGAAUAUCGAUUUUCACAAGACCGUUCAGGUGAGGUAUAGCACAGAUAGAUGGCGGAACUCUGCUAAUGUUCAGGCGAGCUAUGUGGACAAUUCUUGCGAUGGGUUCUCCGAUAAAUUCUCCUUCUUGAUAUAUGCCAACAUGCUCAAGUGUGGAGAUAAGUUGGAAUUUGCAGUUUGCUUUCUGGCCAAAGGAAAUGAAUACUGGGAUAAUAAUAAUGGGGCGAAUUACGUCUUCGAAUGUAUUUCGACCCAAACAGUAAGCCUGGCACCCUUGAUGCCUCCUCCUUCUUGGGGUAGUGAUAAUUGGGGAGCUGCUUUCUACUGAUUAGAUGGCAAUGUGGUGCAAUGGGUGAAUGUUAACGAAAAGUCUGAUCAAGGUUUCGAAACCUGCCAUAGAAAAAUGAAGAGAAAUCUCUGUGGAACCACUUCGAAGAUUGAGAAAAUAUUUAUGAGAAAUCUAUCGAAAAUUACACAUUAAGUUGCACUAUUUCAUUUCAUAUAUUCAAGUAGAGCGAAAACAACCAAGAUUCAAAGCAAUAAAUGAGCUAAUUUAUUUAUUUUUAUACAUUGUUGUUGUAAAUAGUAUUUAUUAGUUGCUAGUAAUUUCUUUUCAGUCCUAGUCUGAUUUUUAUCUAUAUAAGAUUAUGUUCUAUGCAAAUCGAAAUAAGACUAUGUGCCAAGUUACUGGUACGCGUUGAAAUAAUUUUUAUUGAAGUAUAUUUUUCAUAACAAGAAGAAUUCUAUUUCUUCUUCAAAUAGUUAUUUUAAUAGAUUUAAUUGAUUCUGCAGCUCAAAUUCUCUAUUCGAUAUUGAAUUCAUUUGAAUAUUCGAUAUUUUAUUUCUGAUCUGUUUAUUGACGUUAUGAUACGAAGGAAUUCUGCAAUUAUGAGAGACUUGUUUUUCAAUAUUUUUCUAGAUGUAAUGUAUCCAUGUUCCUCUUUGAAUAAUAAAAAAACAAAAGUA